AUGUUUGGCUCAGAUUUCUUUCUUCAUCUCUAUCAGGAUUCUGAUCUUUCUUCUUUUCAAUUUGCUGCUAUAAUUAUUCUUCUUUGGUCCCAUUUUACAGAAGUGAAUUUAAUAUCGCGUUCUCUCUCUCUCUCUCUCUCUCUCUCUCUCUCUCUCUCUCUCUCUCUCUCUGUAUAUAGUUAUUGUUCAUCCAAUGCAGUCGCGAUCAUUAUGUACCGUUGGGACAACAAAGAAGAUCUUGGCAAUCCUGUGGAUACUGUCUCUUCUUCUAUCCUGUCCAACAUUCUAUAUAAUGGUAGGAAAUGUCAUCCUCUGUUGCUGAGCCCCCACAGCUCUUUUAGAUUGUGUAGUUUCUUCUCAGGAAUUCUUCGGAAGGAGGAUUGGCUCCGAGAAGCGAGGAACCGGUACGGGGCUGUAGCGUUCGCUCCGUUUGCGCUUUGCGGCGCGGGUUCAAAGUGUCGUAGCGGUCCGUCGGCGUUGCGGCGUCGCGGUCGUGCGCGAGCUCGGGUCGGGGGUCGCAGGGUCGGGCUAGGCGGCGUUCGCGGCGGUUUUCGCGUCGGGGCGACGGGCGCUCGCGUUCGUGCAUCUGGCGGCGGCUCAUAUCGGGUCGUCUGUCUGUGCGCGAUGCGUCGUUCACGAACUCCGAGUCAACCCGUUCUUCGCCGCUAA